CCGAAGGUUAAAUCCGAACAGAAAUGAAAAUUGGAUAGUUAUAGAGCACAAUCAAAGUUUCAUACAAUGGUUGAAGGAUCAUAUUUAUUUGAAGCGCUCUUCAGAUCCUUCUUCGGUAACAGAAAGGUUGAGAUGUUUGGCAUAUUGUCCAAGUUUGCAUCUGUUUUCUCAUAGCGCAUAUUCAAUUAAUGGAUACACAUUUUAUACCAAAGAACAAGAUGAUAAGAGUACUAUGCAAAAUAGUGGUGUCACCGUGCUAGCUGAAGCAAUGCAUAUAUCAAGUAUGAAGGACUUAAACCCCAAAUAUGCAAAUUUGUCAUAUUUUGGAGUUAUUGAGCACAUUUGGGUGUUUGAUUACGAGAAGUUUCAGAUUCCCAUCUUUGGUUGCAAGUGGGUGAAUAGUAGUGGCAUACGAAUGGAUAAGUAUGGAUUUUUGCAAGUUGAUCUUACUAGGGUGGGGUACAAAGAUGAACCUUUUAUUCUAGCAUCUCAAGCUAAACAAGUGUUCUAUGUGAAUGACCCGAAGAGUACAAAAUGGUCUAUAGUGCUUUUCUCUAACAAAGUGACUGAUGAUAGCGGUGUCGAUCAAUGUGAUAUUGAUGUUGAGAAUGAGUCAUGCAUUAGACGGAAUGAGUUGAAUAGAAAUGAUGAAGUUGAGGAUCUUAUACCGGAUGAGUCAUAUAUAAGAAACGAUCAUAAUGAGGGAAUUUGGAUCAAUUCAUCUGUACGCAUUGCUAAGAAACAAGUGAUUAAUAUUCCAACAAAGAAAAGAAAGAGAUGUUAGUGACUUAGGUUAGACAUGGCUGAUGACCAACAUGAGGAAGUUAGUAAAAAAGUAUCCGCGGAAGAAGAAAUUCGAAGAGGCAUCACAGUAAUGAGAAGGGUGGUCCAAAGAAGAUCUCGAGGCAUCAUACUAGAUGUCUAUUGGAACAACCAGGGACAACUUAUAGAACCUAAUGGGCAUACCUUAACUAGUUUUAUCGGUGCACUAGUAAGGAAUGAAAUUCCCAUUACAUGUGAUGAUUGGAGAAACAAAGAGCUGAAUGAGUCCAAACAAAAAAUUUGGAGUGAGAUAAAGCGAUGUUUUAACAUCGAAGAAGAAAGAAGAGGUUUUUGUAUGAAAUUGGCCGGAAAGCUUCUAAGAGGGUUUCGGACAUUUUUAUCAUCCAAGUUCCUUAAGGAUGCGGAUGGUAAUUUUGUGGAUGCGGAGCUUCCUAAAAAAUAUGAAAGUUUGAUAUCGGCUGAAGAAUGGGAAGCUUUCAAAUCCAAAAGACAAGACCCGGUUUUUCAAAGAAUAAGUGCUACAAAUCGGGAAAGAGCAUCAAGUCCCGCAUAUCCGUACCGAAAAGGACGUGUCGGAUAUGGACGCUUAGAACAAUCCAUGCUGCAGAAGGAGGAAAGUUCAGAAACAUCUCUUCCUGCACAUGUUUUGUGGAAGGAAGCCCGUGUGAGCAAAUCUGGAGUUCCUCAAGAAGAAGUUUUACACGUAUACCAGAAAUGUGAGGAGCUAUCUCAGUCUUUAUCUCCCGAUGAUACUAAGGGCAUACUUAGUCGGGCAUUAGAUGUCCCUGAGUAUUCUGGUCGGGUGAGGGGUAAGGGAUUUGGAGUCACUCCGACCUCCCUGAGUAUUAAAAAAGGAAAGGCUCCUAGUAAUCGGGAGCUUCAUGCAAGAUUGGAAGCCAUGCAAGCUGAGCUUGAUGCAUUGAGGAGAGAAAGAGAGGCUAGCGCCUCAACAGUAUACAGAGACGCUUCGGACAAAGACAGUAUCAACUGUACCUUUCAGCCGAACAUUCCAGAGGGCAUUUCCCAUUGUCAGCUGUAUUUGUCGUCACCAUACUAUCGGAUGGUUGGCAAGGGAAAAGUGCAUAACGUUAGCGGAGUAUUACUCCACACUAGAGAGCUCCCUGCUGGAUGUUUGAAGGUAUCAGUUGAUAUUGCAGUUGAGCCGAAUGCAGCAUUACCAUAUCCUAGCGAUGAUUCGGAUGCAACAACGGUGCACGAAGCAGUAGGUUCGUUUGUUGCAUGGCCGACAAACCUCAUAUGCGUAGGAUAUGAGACUCCCACAAAAUCCGAAUCAAAAGAUAAUGCGAUUCCACGGCAUACCGAGUCCACGGUUUCAAGAAAAGAGCUUCAAGAAAAUGAGGUUAGCAAUGCCUCCGCACAACAAAAAAGGAGGUUAGCAACGCCUCCGCACGGGUAAAAAGUUCUGGUGCUAAGAAGACCGUAGCUAGGAAAAAACCUACCACCAAGUAUAGGUCGUGCCUCAGGACAUUUCUAGAGAUGACCGAUAUACCGACCGGAGGUGUUCGGACUGUACAUAUGGAGGUAGGGAUUUUCGGCUUUGAUUACGACCAAAUGAUUGGUAAUGAAGACUUCAUGCAAGUUUUUAGUCAUGAAGAAAUCGGCGUCACCGUUGUCAAUACAUAUAUUAGGUUUUUGUAUGACAAAUUGAUGCGCCCCAAUGGUUUGGACGUGUCAUUCGGAUUCUUAGCACCCGCGACCGUCAACUUAGGUUUAAUCUUAAGUAGACCGGAUACCGUGACGGAGUACGUUCUUCGGAUCCUCAUGGACAAUAAAGAUGCGGAGAAGUUGUUUUUUAUACCGUUUAAUACCGGUGGACAUUGGUUGUUGCUCGCAAUCAAUCCUAGCCGAGAAAUUGUGUAUUAUCUUGACUCGUUAGGAAAUGAUUGGACAACAUACCCGGAUAUGAAGGUCCUAAUUGACACCGUCCUACAAGCUUUUCGGGCCCAACGAGAUAUCCAAACCUCAAGGAGGGGCGCCAACUCCAUUACAUGGAUUAAAGUGGCGUGUCCUCAACAACGUAAUCAAAUAGAUUACGGGUAUUUCAUGUUGAGGUUUAUGCGAGAUACUCUUGCUUUGGGCCGAUUAAAGAUUCCCACCGAUUACUUUGAUGAAUUCAAGUGUGCAUUUUAUACAAAGGAUCAAGUGGACGAAAUCAAAGAGGAGUGGUGUCAAUUCAUGAUAAAGCUCAAUGUUUGUUCAUAAAUUUGUGUAAUUAAUGUGUACAUUUGUAGUAUAUGUUAUGACUUGUAAAUGUGUACAUAAAUUUGUAUAUAUUUUGAUACA